AUCCCACGGGAUACUAUUCCCUCUCUCUCUCCUCUUUCGCAGACUGACCUUCUGAUGUAAUAUUUGUCUUCAACCAGCUUUCGAAUUUUCAAACCUCUCUCUCUCUCUCUCUCUCUCUCUCUCUCUCUCUCAAUCCGUUUCUAACGUCCAAGAAAACAAAAACCCGAUUAUAUUUCAAACCCAAAGAUCGGUUCUUUUCCCCCUUUUUCUCUGUUUUUAUUUUCCAGGAAAAACACCGUCUUUGCCGAGAAAGUUUGAAUUUUUCUCGGGAAUUCUCGCCCAACUUAGAGAUUUUUCUUGGUGGGUUUUGGUUCUUUGUUCGAUAAUUUGAAAGGGUUUCGGCUUCGGAAGGAAAUGAAGAUCGGGGAAGAUGGUCGGAGUUCAUCGUUGCGUGGAUGAUCCAAGUUGCGCUUGGGUUUCCGGACUCCGGUGAUUUCUAGGGUUUAUGGUGCGUAAAUUUGUGGGGAUUUGAUUAGGUUUCUGGCAAGCAGUCGAAGUUUAAGAAAAUAGUAGACAAGUAUGGUUGCAAAAAGUGCUACAAGUUCUCCUAGUCCUAAGGUGGAGGUGGGAGAGAUUGACACCAGGGCACCUUUCCAAUCUGUUAAAGAUGCCGUUUCACUAUUUGGGGAAGGCGCAUUCUCGGGGGAGAAACCUGCUAUUAAGAAGACAAAAGCUCAUUCGGCAGAGAGGGUGCUAGCCAACGAGACACAGCUUCAUCUGGCCCAAAAAGAGCUGUACAAGUUGAAGGAACAACUGAAGAAUGCUGAAACUACUAAAGCCCAAGCACAUGUGGAGCUUGAAAAAUCCAAGGCAAUUCUUGAGGAUUUGUCAAACAAGGUGAAAGCCCUUAGUGAAAGUAAGGAGUUUGCAAGAAAGGCGACAGAAGCUGCAAAAAGUCAGUCAAAGCAACUUGAAGAAGCAAACUGUGGCAACCUUGCGGGAACUGAUGGUGCUUGGAAACAAGACUUGGAAUCUGCAAGAGCACAGUACACGAGUGUGAUUACUGAACUUAAUUCUGCAAAGCAAGAGUUACAGAAAAUCCGUCAAGACUGUGAUGCAUCCUUGGAAGCAAAAGCUGCUGCCAUCAAGCAGGUAGCAGAUGCUGAAGAUGCAGCCAAGGCCAAUGCGGAGAGGGUUAAUGAGAUCUCGAUGGAAAUUUCGGCUGUACAAGAGUCAAUUGGGGAAGUGAAGCUCGCGUCUAUGGAAGCCCAGCAAGAGCAAGCAAAGAUGUUUGCUGAAAAGGAUGUUUUGAGGCAGUCCUAUAAAGGUACACUGGAAGUGUCAGAAAAGAAAUUGCUUUCUCUGAAAAAAGAGUUUGAUCCAGAACUUUCUAGAAAUCUUGAAGCACAACUUUCUGAAACUUUGAAUGAAGUUGGAGCAUUGCAAAAGCAAAUGGAGAAAGCAAAGGCUUCGGAUUUAGAUUCUCUCAGAAGUGUCACUUUGGAGAUAGAUGAUGCUAAGGAAUCACUGAAUAAAGUAGCCGAAGAAGAAAGCAGCCUCAGAAACUUAGUUGAAGCCCUCAAGGUGGAGCUUGAGAAUGUGAGGAAAGAGCAUGUUGAACUGAAGGAGAAGGAAGCAGAAACAGAAUCACUUGCUGGGAAUUUACAUGUCAAACUGCGGAAAACUAAGUCUGAGCUUGAAGCAUGCCUGGCAGAAGAAUCUAAAGCAAGAGGUGCUUCCAAUGAAAUAGUAGCCGCACUAAACCAGCUAUCUUCGGAAACCGAGAAUGCAAGACGAGAAGCAGAAGAGAUGAAGAUAAAAGCAGAGGAGUUGAAGAAGGAAGCAGAAACCACUAAACUUGCUGUAAAAGAAGCAGAAAAGAAGCUGAGACUUGGCUUGGUAGAAGCUGAAGAGGCUAAAGCUGCAGAAGAAAGGGCCCUUGAACAGAUUAGAGUUAUAUCUGAGAGAACAAACGCUGCUAGGGCAUCAACUUCCGAGUCUGGUGCCAAGAUCACCAUAUCAAAGGAUGAGUACGAGUCUUUGAGCCGAAAGGUUGAGGAGUCUGAUACAUUAGCAGAAAUGAAAGUGGCUGCUGCCAUGGCUCAGGUGGAAGCUGUGAAGGCUAGUGAAAACGAGGCCUUGAAGAGGUUAGAGGCAACCCAGAAGGAAUUGGAGGAAAUGAAGGCUGCAACUGAGGAGGCCAAAAAGAGGGCAGAAAUGGCUGAAGCUGCGAAAAAGGCAGUGGAAGGAGAGCUCCGAAGGUGGCGAGAAAGGGAGCAGAAGAGAGCAGCUGAUGCUGCACUGCGGAUACUGGCAGAAACAGAGACGUCAGUGGAAUCAUCCCCACGGCAUUACAGAAUUCAAAAGCAGAACCCUCAAACGAAAACUAUUGAGGCCCGGAAGUUGAACAAAGAUAAUACAUCCAUUACGAAAAAGACACUCUUGCCUACUCUUAGCGGCAUGUUCAACAGAAAAAAGAACCAGGUCGAGGGCGGCUCCCCCUCUUAUCUCCCUGGUGAGAAACCCCUUUGAUGUUUGCGUUUGCCACACCUGUGUCGAAUUACGAACAAGUUUGGUUGCGUCAGCAUUUUGUGAAAGUCUAUGAUCCUAGUAUGUUUGGGCAGAAAGAGAAAAAAGAGUGAUGUGAGAUUAAUGAGAUUUGGAUGUAACUCCAGGGAAGGUGUGAUUUUGUAUAUUGAGACGAACAAUUCUCGGAUAAUCGGUUGAAGAUUUUCUGUGGAAAUGAAGUGUCUAGUAUUUAUAGCCUUUUGCUUUCA